AUGGACGAGAUCAACGAAGAGAAAGCAUUUGUGGCAGAAGACGUUACCAACAUUGUAAAAGAGUCUAUCGAAUCAACGAUACAAAACGCGCCAUACCAUCACGGCAAAGUAUCCCAAUGGAAUAGCAACGUCAUUGAACAAUGUCUCAAGAAAUUAAGUGGCUUGAAUCGACCAUUCAAGUAUAUAGUAACAUGCACGAUAAUGCAGAAAAACGGUGCUGGUCUGCAUGCUGCUUCAUCGUGCUACUGGGAUGCAGCCACUGAUGGAUCUGUCACUUACAAGUACGACUCAAAGACAAUGUAUGUCAUAGUUAAUGUCUUUGGAUUCGCCAUCUGA